AUGGUUGACAAUUCUGGAUGGCGAGUUUUGGGCAACAAGAAGGUAUGGAAAGCCUCGUGGCUUGAGUACGAUCAAAAGAAAUCACGUCGUCUAGAGAAAGAAAGAAGAGCUGAGCAAGCUAGAAGUAGAAGGAGGCGAAAUCGAAGGAAUCGUAACGUCGCUCACAAUAAUAACGUAAAUAGCAACCGUAGGCAAAACAAUUACAACAACAACCGCAGAAAUAUCAACAAUAACAACAACAAUCACCGCGGAAAUAGUAAUAAUAACAACGUGAACUUCAGAUCCAACAGUUAUUACUCCAAUAAUAACCGUAACACAAAUCGUAAUAAUCGUAGGCAAAACAAUUACAACAGCAAUCGCAGUAAUAUCAACAAUAACAACAACAAUCACCGCGGAAAUAGUAAUAAUAACAACGUGAACUUCAGAUCCAACAGUUAUUACUCCAAUAACAACCGUAACACAAAUCGUAAUAAUCGUAACAACAACAGCAACCGUAAUUUCAACUAUACUAGGACUCAGAAUCAAAAUACCUGGCUUCCACCUGAUAGAGUACUUCUUGCAGCAGCAAAAGAUCAGUUUUCUAGGCCACCAGCUAAUUAUCAUCCAUCAAUACAGUUUCAAAGAGGUGAAAUUUUAAACCCGUAUCCGGUAAAUGGUAAUCUACAACGAUCUCUUCCGGCCCACACUUCCGACCUGAUGGCUCCAGGGCAUCCUCCAGGUGGAUCAUGUGACGCGUGUUCAUGUCGACACACGUGUUUUCGGAGCACUCGACGCACUCCCUAG